AUGAAUAGAGGAGAAGAGAGACAAUCUCCACCUCCCCAUCAGAUAAAAGAAAGAAUGAGGCGAGCCUCAGGAAAUUCUCCUACCCAAAGACCUAGUACUUCCACUUAUCAGAGAACUUAUGCUGAAGUAGUUAGUCCUGGUCGAGAGAACUUUGAAGAAAGGGAGAAACGUUUUUUAAGGAGGGAGCAAGACCAAAAAGAAAGACGAAUAACACAGUUUUUCAAACCCCGCAACAACCAACAACCAACCAACCAAUGGGAAAACAGAUUCUCCCCCUUAGAAAACCUUACAGAAACUCCACCCAAGAGGAAGAGAUCAGAGGAGAAUUUCCGGAGAGAGGA